GUCAGGUCACUUUAAAACAAGCCCUUUAGUCACUGGCUGAGCUGUUGUUUUUGAGGAACUUUGACCAGCUUGUGAGACUCUGCUGUAAAGUAGCAUGUGAUUCGAUGUAGUUUUGUUUACUCUGCGGUAUGGAAGAACCAGGUGUGACAGCCAGUGUCACUGAAACAAGUUUGAUUCAACUAAGUGGACAGAUUUUUAAAGAUCAGUGCUCCCUGAAUGAAAGGACUCUUGCACGCUGGUAAGAGAUGACUGUUUUGUUGAUGCUCUGUGAAGCUCAUUGAAGAAGACUCAGAUCACAAGAAGUUCACUGCUUCGCUCUUGAGUAAAACAAAUGAACUCUAUGGCAUCACAGCUCAGUCCGGAUGAGAUGACGUUACUUGCUAAACUAGAAGAACAGAACAGGCUGCUAGAGAAAGACAGCAAGUCUCUUUACUCUGUAAAUGGAGUCCUGCAAAGUCCCUCUUCACCCAAAAACCUCUCUUUUGAGGAGGACACAUGGGAUCAGGUGGUUAAAGAAUGGGAGGACUGGAGCAAAAAUAAAGUCGGACAGCUCAAGGAGCUAAUCAGAAGAGGGAUACCGGCUCACCUGAGGGCUCAGCUGUGGCAGCUGCUGUGUGAUGCUCAGAAUGUGGCCGAUCGGCAGCGGUAUUCACAACUGCUAAAGACCUCCUCUCCCUCUGAGACACUGAUACGCAGAGACAUGACGCGCAUACUUCCACAGCACCAGCUGUUUCAGAGUCUGGACAGCACCGGCCAGGAGGCUCUCUUUAAUGUUCUGAAGGCUUACUCAGCCUUGGACAGAGAAAUUGGCCAUUGUCAGGGAAGUGUGUUUAUUGUGGGGGUGUUGAUCACACAGUUGUCUGAAGAAGAGGCCUUCUGUGUGUUUGUGAGGCUUAUGAAGGACUUUCAGAUGAGGGAGCUCUAUAGAUCCACUAUGGCUGAACUUGGCUGUUGCAUUUAUCAGUUAGACUCUAUGAUUCAGGAGCAGCUUCCAGAGCUUCAUUCCCACUUUCAGACUCAGGGUUUCCACACCUCUAUGUUCUCCUCAACCUGGUUUCUCCAUAUUCUCCUGUCUUCCCUGUCUGUCGCAGCUGCCCCGAGGAUUUUUGACAUAUUCAUGUGUGAGGGGCUGGAGAUUGUGUUUCGGGUUGGUCUGGCCAUGCUAUACCUAAAGCAAGCAGAACUUAUCAAGUUUGAUGUAGAAGGCAUGAUGCAGUGCUUGCAGAAUUCAAUACAACAAUAUUUAGAUCCUGACAGUUUGAUUAAAGCAGCGUAUCAAAUAAAAUACAACCCCAGAAGAAUGAAAGAGUUGAGAAAAUAUUAUGCAUCUAUUAAGGCAAAAGAGCUGGAGGAACAAGAGGAACUAAAUGGGCUAUACUCAGAAAACAAGCUAUUAAAGCAAAGACUUGACAUACUGGAAAAAAGAUGUUCUAAAAAACUGGUGUCACAGCUGAAGAGAGAACUGGAGACCACUCGGCUCAACGCUACCAAGUCAUACAACACUUUAGAAGAGAUGCAGGCUAAGAUCUUGCAGAUGGAAGAGAACAGCACAUGGCCGGACGAGGACAGUGUGGAAUAUCUGCAGACGGAGCUUAUCAGCUGUAGACUGCGGGAAGCAGAAGCUCUGACAGGACUAAAAGAGCUCAAACUGCACGUUAAACACAUGGAUGAGAAAUGGCAGAAUCAGCAGGUGCAUUGUGGAGGUCAGCAGAAAGGUGGCAGUGUGCAGAAUAUACUGCAGGUGGAGCUGUUGAGCGCUCAACUGAAGAAAACUCUCAGUAAAGCCGCACUCAUAGAGAGUCGUCACAGACUGCUGCAACUUCAGACUGAGAAUGAACUUCACAGUAACCAGCUAAAGCGUAUUGAGGCACAUGUUAACAGCCAACGAGAGCAUCUGCAGGAGCUGACAUCACAAAACCAACAUCUACACAACCAAUUACAACAGAGCGGACAGUUUUCAGCUGCUGAAUACAAGCCAACCCCUGAAGAAAAGCAGACAGAAGAUGCAGCAGACGUGGCUGUCAUUGCAGAUCUUCAAAAGCAGAUCACAAAGUUAAAAACUCUGACAAAUGUUUGACCCAUGAAUGCACAUCUAAGAUAAGUUCUGCUUCUUGAACUACAGAAGGUUUAGCACUGUAUUUAUCCUUAGCAUUACAGGUCGCAGAAAUAUGUUGCUCAGAUGCUUGUGGUUGGAAAAUGUGUAGUACAUAUAGCAAGGUAUGUUUUCUGCACUUAUUCUGCAAGCUGAAGCACGAUAUCAAGAUUUUCUCUAUUUUGAUGGACUUGUGUAGGUGUUAGAUAUAAACUUGCUAGCCACAUACACGCCUUGUCAGGCCGAGGUGGUGCACCAAUGUGACUAAAUCUUCCCAUAAGACUACAGAUUUCAGAUUCAACAGUUGUAUACCUUACUUAAACAUUCAAUUAAUACAUUCUGACAAAAAAAAUUUUUUAAUCAUCUUUACAUAAGUUCACUGGUCACUGGCAAGUCAUCUGAAGCGUGGUCACACAUGUCUGCUAUGGAACCCUCUGAUACCAAAACUUCUGCUUAUUGAGAGAACAUUUUCUCAAAUAGCCACACAAUAGCCAGGAAACUCUUAGCACCUCUCAACACGUCUGCCUCCAUGUGAUUUGUAGCACUCCACUGUUUUAUAGAUUUACAACCAGAAGCCCAGGCUUGGAGGUUCACGAUGAGCAUAGCUGAUUACAAAGAUAACGGAAGACCUCCUCCUAUUGUAACCAGUUAACCGUGCCGUCUGGUUCAUUAUUGUUUGGCUAUAUAGCAUUGUCAGAAAAGUGCUAGUGAGAUAAACUGCUGUUCACAUGGCUUGCACAAGAAUCAGUUUACAAACAAACAAUCAGUUAUGUGUAUGCGUGAGUCAUCUGGUAUGGAAACAGAAAUGUUCAGUUUGUGAUUUCUAGUUUAGUUUUCAACAGUUUCACAUAUCACAUUUGUUGUUUUCAAGGCAAUAAAACAUUAACUUAUUGCAUCACAUUUGAUACAGUCACAUCUACUUUUUCAAUGUACGUGAUGUUUACAUAUACUGUGAUUGAAGAUGUGUGAUUUGACCAUUAUGUACAGAAUCUGCCCUGUAAUUUUGAUUCCAAAGCAUACAUUUUGCCCUCAAAUGAAGAAACCCUUUUCUUUAUCUGCAGCUAACAAAAUGUUGCCAGCGGUUUGAGGUUGAGUUUGGUCGAGUGAGAAACUAUCUGAUAACCUGUACUGUAUAUGUAAUCAGCCCUACACCUCAUGUUCUCUGUCUGCUUUUCUGUGGUUUAGAUGGCAAGUGGAACCUGUCUGAUUAAAUUCGAUUGGUGUUUGUUUCUUAUAAUCUGCUAUGCUGCAUAUAGCACUGCAUGGGUUGUGGACUGCAGGGUCUUCUCACGAAUGGGAAACUGCUUUGUAGAGAGAUUUGUGUAGUGAAAUAAAUUCUAAGAUCUUUGUGCUAGGGCUAUCACUAUAAAAGUGCAAUUCUAGGGGUGCUUAGGGGCCCCAUAGUAUAUUUUAAAAAGGUAUAAGGGGCUCAUCGCGAGUCGUCAGACAAAGUUAAUGCACUGAGAACCAAGAAACCUCAAACCAUUAUCCGCUGCUUUAUGCAGUUAUUUCAAUCUCAUACUCUUUAAAGAAAUGCAGAGAAACCAGAAUGGCUGUGAUAAAAGACAAGUGUUUCAGAGGUUUUGAAGACAGCUGAAUCUAUUGCUGUGGCGAUACUGUCUGUUUAAGUCUGUCAUUGGUUUCCUGUUCAUGCUGUGAAGAAGAGGUUUGACACAUUUACACUGUGUACUGUGCUAUGAAGGAGAAAUACGCCUGUAUUGUGUCUUUACUUCACAUUAAAAGAGAAUUAAUUUAUUCUUCGUUAUCAAGAAUAAACCGCAGUUAUUAAUUCAGUUUUCUGUUUCAAAAAAUAUACUACAUCUAUAUUUCAUGAUUUCAAUUUUUUGUCAUAAAUCAUUAUUAUAAGUCACCCUUUAUGUUUGUCACUGAAGGGUUUUGCAAACAACUAACCAAAGUAUUAAAAAUGCUUGUCGCCUUUGACAACAAUGCUUAAUCAUUUAAAAAGUAAUAUUUUUAAAAGAAUUUGGACGUCUGAGGUUUCGGAAGGACAGCGACGAUAAUGUUGUGAAAACCUAAUACAGGAGUGUUCUUCAUAUUCUACAGAUUCAUAACCACUCCAAGUGGACAACAUAAUUUCCCAACCCGCGCUAAGACCUUCCACAUCCGCCUCUCUGCUCAAUGACACCUAAAAAUGGACCGCUGCCCUUACGUCCCGUCAUCCUGUCUCCAAAUGCCGUCCAAUGAGACUCUGAAGAUGUGCUAUUAACAGCCCUACCCACAGCUACUGUGUUCUCUGGGCAAGUGUCUUUACAGCUCCAGCUUUGAGGGCUUUAAACAUGAUUGUUUAAACAUGGUGCAUGUUUCAAUGCAAGUGUGCAGAGCCACACUGUGACAGUUUUGCCAUUAACACUUACAAGUGCCAACAAGAUUUCUCUCAUUCUUGCCAAAAAAGGAAGUGGGAUGCAAGAUCUAAGAUUCAAAGAAACUCCCCACAGAACUUGUUAGAAGUGAGAUGCCGUUCUUGAAGGCUGUCACACGCAAAAAUAGGUUUUACUACAGGAGAACCCUUCUUUACAGUCCUACACAGCAAUGCCAUAGAAGAACCAUUUUUGGUUCUACAAAGAACCAUUCAUCCAAAGGUUCUUUGAAGAACCAUCUUUUUCUACUUUUCUACCUUUUUUUCACCACAAAGAACCUUUUGUGAAACAGACGUUUCAUUGACGUGAGGCUGAUAUCUCAUGCAGAAUGAGGAUCAGUUUCUUCUAUAGCAUCGAAGAACCCUUUAAAGAACCUUUUUUAAGAGUGUAUAUUGAAAAACAAUGAUUUCAGCCAAAAAAGAUUGUAGAGUCAAUGUCAUUGGGGUUUGUAGAAUUUAACUUUGGUUUUCCUUUGUUGUGUCAAAACUCUAAUGUUUAUAUUUUUUACUUAAGUCUUGGAAGAUUUAUGAGGAUUUUUUUGUGAUAGCCUUUGCAAAAAUGUGUUUGUCCUCUGUGUCCAUAACAAACAUUGAGAAUUGAAAACACAAACCAAGUAAAUUUCUGGAAUUUGGUCAUGUC